AUGGAUGAUCUCCACCCGGUUCUUCAAAGUGACCUUCCCAGUUUUGAGGCCACUUCGGCCCAUUCAUCCAAAGGUCACUUUGGCACUCCGAGGUCCAUGCCGAGCCAGAGCACGUGCCGCGAGUCCCACCCCACGAUCCGCUCAAACCACAAACCCCCAGUUAGCACGAAGCUGAUCCGGACACUCCGGUGGCAGCACGUCUUCACUCUGACGCUCCGGUGGCGCGAUCCUCAGCGGACCCGUCGGGAUGGAUCCAUCGCUCAGGACCCAAGCUCUUCUGAAGGUCCAUGGGUGCCACACUUAGACAACAACGAUGGCACGAUUUGA